UGCGGCAACACUCUCGCGCUCCGCCGCCCGCAGUCCGUCUCAGCACGCGCACGCUACUAUCAGUACCUCUAUAUAUAUAUGCCAAGCGUCAAGAUUUCAGCGGCUCUUUCUGUUUCACACCGACCACGAGACGUCUGUUCGCGUUUAACGUUGUAGUCAACCCCUGCUUUUGGAUACAAAACCGCGUUUGUUGUGCGCGAAAAGGCAGUCCGUUUUCUCAGCAAUGGCGACAGCGGCGGUAUCUGCCCCGAACUCCGGAUCCGGUGCCGAGCUGGUCCGCGGUCAAGCUUUUGACGUCGGCCCGCGUUACAGCAACCUCUCGUACAUCGGAGAGGGCGCUUACGGCAUGGUUUGCUCGGCGUACAAUCGGGACAAUAAAGUGCGAGUGGCCAUAAAGAAGAUCAGCCCGUUCGAACACCAGACGUACUGUCAACGGACGCUCCGUGAGAUUAAAAUCCUGCUCCGCUUCAAACAUGAGAACAUCAUCGGCAUCAACGACAUCAUCCGCGCCCCCACCAUCGACCAAAUGAAAGAUGUCUAUAUCGUACAGGACCUGAUGGAGACAGACUUGUACAAGCUGUUAAAGACGCAGCAUUUGAGCAAUGACCACAUCUGUUACUUCUUGUACCAGAUCUUGCGCGGUCUGAAGUACAUACACUCGGCGAAUGUUCUCCACCGAGACCUGAAACCUUCAAACCUGUUGCUCAACACUACCUGUGACCUCAAGAUCUGUGAUUUUGGGCUUGCCCGGGUGGCUGAUCCAGACCACGACCACACUGGGUUCCUGACGGAGUACGUAGCCACACGUUGGUAUCGAGCACCAGAGAUUAUGCUCAAUUCAAAGGGUUACACUAAGUCCAUUGAUAUCUGGUCAGUUGGUUGCAUUCUGGCUGAGAUGCUUUCAAACAGACCCAUCUUUCCUGGGAAACACUACCUGGACCAGCUAAACCACAUUUUAGGUAUUUUGGGCUCUCCUUCUCAGGAGGAUCUCAACUGUAUCAUCAACAUCAAGGCGAGAAAUUACCUGCUGUCUCUUCCUCUCCGAUGCAAAGUGCCCUGGAAUCGCCUGUUUCCUAGCGCAGACCCUAAAGCACUGGAUCUGCUGGAUAAGAUGUUGACCUUUAACCCUCAUAAGAGGAUCGAGGUGGAGGAGGCGCUGGCUCACCCGUACCUGGAGCAGUACUAUGACCCCACAGACGAGCCUGUUGCUGAGGCUCCAUUUAAAUUCGAUAUGGAGCUGGAUGACUUGCCCAAAGAAACUUUAAAGGAGCUGAUUUUUGCAGAAACUGCACGCUUCCAGCCAGGAUAUAGACCAUAGUCUACUGUACAGGCAGCAUUCUGGAUUUGAUCGUGCUGAUGUUUCUCGCUCCACCCCACUGUGCGCUGUGGUCCUAUUUUGGACUUCAUCGCCAGCAUCAUCUUAUCUUCUCCUAAACCCCAAAACUACAAAAGCCCUCAAAGUUCAUCCAAGCCUAACUCCAACAUCCAGUCUCCAACAGAAAACAUCCACCUCUUCUACAGUUAUCAUAAUAGAAGCGUAAAGCAUCUCCCUCACUCUUUCAUCAUCUUCUCAUUCUUGCUUAUCUGCGUGUUUGUGGAUGUUUUGGAUCUGAGACGAGUUUGUGAAGAUUACAAAUUAACACUUUUUUUUUCUCUUGGUCUAAACUCUUGUACACUUAUACAGUAAAAAAAAGUCUAUGAUUGUGUUAUUGUUGUGCUUCUUUCUAGCCUCCUGUUAAUCUUUCCAACAAGCUGCUUCUCUGAGCUGUCUGUAAGCCAUUUUUAAGUCCCACAUAGGUCGAACUUAGGACAGGGAGAGAAUUAGGGCUCAGAUUUUCUUUAUUCGUGUAUAUAUAGAUAUAUGCAGUGGACACUUAUUACUCAACAUUGUGCAUCGCCAAUCUCCUCAAAGUGCACAGCGAUCUAAAUUGCCAAGGUGCCAUUUGAAACUUUUAAUAAAGGUAUUUUCAUACAUAAACAUGUAUUGCUAAUGGCCCCUUUAAAUCAUCACAUCUCUCAAAGACAUUUUGUAUUAUUAAAACAACCAUAAUUUUCAUUAUUUUUAACGUUGAUUCUCAAUUGUAAACACUUAAUGAUUCUUCAUCAUCUAAAAGAAGACACUAAUCUUUUAAAUUUGCUUAAGCACCAAAGAAAUGCCCAAUUUUGACACCUUGGAAAAAUGUGUACUUGUGUCCACAUUAUUAAACAUUUUAAAAGCCCUUAUACCACUUGCCAAAAGAGGCGAAUGCUUAAAUGCAUGCAGGUGAAUACCACCUCUUUGCUGUGCAGGUGUACAGUAUGUAUAUCUGUAAAUCAGAUAUUUUUCAAUCUAAUGCACACUUAAAAACUUUAGCUAGGUAGAAGUUUUCAUGAAUUGGAAUAUUUUGAAUUAUUAAGAGACUUAUUAAGAAAAUGACAGUGCCUCCUCAUCUGUAUUCGUUCUUUCCUGUUUGUAUAUAUUUUUUUUUUUGCUUUCUCUGCAACCCCUCCCCAACCGCCUUGUAUCAAUAAGACUGUGCCCUUGCAUGACUGUUAAAAGCUUCUAUACAAAGACAAUGGAAGUGCCACACAGCUGGGGAUUUUGCUAUUGGUCUCUCAGGUUUUUGUUAUAUCUUACCUUUCGUGGUCUCGCAUUAUAUCUAUCCUAUAACGAGUUAAAAAAGACAAAAAAAUCUUAUUUCGCUUGUACGUGUUGGUUGCACUUGAGAAAUUGAGAUUAGCUUUUUUGGAGAAUUUAAUAAGACCAGAAUGUCAAGUUUAAUCCCAGGUGGAAAUAAGGAGACAUGUCAGGCAUUCAGUUUUAUCAUUUCACCCACAGUGAAGCGGUUUCCUGGACACUAAAAUGUAUAUUUGAGCUAUUAUAAUUAAAAACAUAUUGCACAGUGCUGUUGUUUUGUCUCAAGAUGCGUUUUUGUACGGUAUGUUUGUAAAAAGUACUUAAAUGUUUAGUCCUGGACUAAUCUAAACUAUGUCUGCGAAACCGCCACAGUGUGGUGUUCUGGUGGUGCUCCCAAAAAAAACCUGGAAAAGUAAAAGUCCACCCAGCAUUUUUUUUUUUAACAAUACACUUCGUAUGCAAAAUUGUGCACUUGCAAAAUGGAGCUGGUUGACAAACGGUUAAGUUAUUGACAAUGGUGUAUUCAUACAGUAUGUGCAUGGCCUAAGCAAGAUGUUUUUCCCCUAUUUAGUUUACCAGCCCUUUAUUACUUUUGCCUGGGUAUGCAGCAAGAUACCACCUAGUGAUUACUUGGCCUGGUAGCAUAUUUUGGCUGAUCAAGGAGAGAAUGGGUUAUCCUUUAGAAUAAAACGAAAAAAUGACUUUGUAAGAUAGCUUCUGCCGAAUCAGUGUGCAGUCUGUCUGUUUCUGUGUGCCUUUAUGCGUCACGAAUAACAAACGUUUUUGUGCAGCUUUUUGUUGGGAAUCAUUUGUGACUUUUUGCGGUAUACUCUUAAAAUUAUAUAUAAUAUAUAUAUUUAAAAAAAAACAAUGAAAACAAAAAAAAUCUAAAUUCUUUAUGUAAUUUUAAGUCCUAUUUGUCACAGCUUUUGUGAUUUUUGUGAAUGUUUUGAGGAAAUAAAGAAUAAGCGUUUAUUUCUGCCCUCCCCUGUUUGACCUGGUUGCAUUUAGCCGCCUUUGGUUUUUUUUUUUUUAAGUUUUGUGCAGACCUGUUUUUUAUUGUAAAAAUGAAUGUCUAGUGAUUAUAUUAUUAAUCUUGUAAAAAAUGUCUUUAAUUUUGUUAGCAAAAUUUUGUUGUGAAUUUUACUUGCAAGCUUCAAAUACCCCAGCCUGUCACCCCUUGUUGUGUUUUUUGGGGUAUCGGUAACAUUGCUGGGGAAAUGUAUGAUUACAAACAUCUGAAAUCUAUUCAAAUCCUUCGAAUCUAUAUUGGAUAAAAAGUGGCAUUAUGUUUCAGAGGUUUGUCUUUACUACUGAAAAGACGGACAGUUUUAAUUACCAGUAUUGAUUUCUGCAUCUGCUAAGUCAUGUAACCUAUACAAACAACAAAAUAAAACCAAUUGUAUUGUU